CUCCGUUAGGCCCCACCCAGCGAAGGGACGGGCGGGCUCGGCGUCGCCCGCUCUCUGGGAGCCCCGCCCCCUCGGGAAGCCCCGCCCCUCCCGGAGCCCCGCCCGCAGCGGAGCGGAGCCGGCGCUGCCGCAGGGCCCGGCGCAGAGAGGCGGCAGCCAGCCGGGGGGCGAAGAUGUCCCACGAGAAGAGCUUCCUGGUGUCCGGCGACGGCUUCCCGGGGCAGCAGCCGACGGCCCCCCCGGCCUACGCGCAGCCCCCCUACCCCACCGCCCCUUUCCCCCAGCCCCAGUUCGCCCCAGCGCCCUACAACCAGCCGGGCUUCCCGCAGGGGCCGGGGCCGUACCCCCCCGCCGGGCCGUACCCCCCCGCUGGGCCGUACCCCGCUGCCGGGCCGUACCCCCCCGGGCCGUACCCGCCGGCGGGGCCGUACCCCCAGGGACCCUACGCCCAGCCGCCGUACGCCCAGCCGCAGCCCAUGGUCCCCGGGGACCAAGACUCCCCCCUGCACAGCACCUACCACGAGGACGGGCCACCCUCCUACUAUGACAACCAGGACUUCCCCACCGCGCACUGGGACGACAAGAGCGUCCGGCAGGCCUUCAUCCGCAAGGUCUUCCUGGUGCUCACCCUGCAGCUGACCGUCACCUUCGCCUUCGUGGCCAUCUUCACCUUCGUGAAAGGCGUGAAGGGCUUCGUGCAGCGCAACGUCUGGACGUACUACGUCUCCUACGCCGUCUUCUUCAUCUCCCUCAUCGUCCUCAGCUGCUGCGGGGAUUUCCGCCGCAAGCACCCCUGGAACCUGGUGGCCCUGUCCAUCCUGACCGUCAGCCUGUCCUACAUGGUGGGGAUGAUCGCCAGCUUCUACAACACCGACGCCGUCAUCAUGGCCGUGGGCAUCACCGUCGUCGUCUGCUUCACCGUCGUCAUCUUCUCCCUGCAGACCAAGUACGACUUCACCUCCUGCCGGGGCGUGCUCAUCAUCUGCCUCGUCGUCCUCAUCGUCUUCUCCAUCCUCUGCAUCUUCAUCCGGAACCGCAUCAUGGACAUCAUCUACGCGUCCCUGGGGGCCCUGCUCUUCACCUGCUUCCUGGCGGUGGACACGCAGAUGAUCCUGGGCAACAAGCAGCUGGCGCUCAGCCCCGAGGAGUACGUCUUCGCCGCCCUCAACCUCUACACAGACAUCAUCAACAUCUUCCUCUACAUCCUGGCCAUCAUCGGCAGGGCCAAGGAGUAGCGGCGCCGCCGCGGCCGCCCCCCCGCCGCCCCACGGUGCGCGUCCCGGUUCGUGCCCCCCUCCCCGUAGCCGGUUUUGUUUGGUGUUUCAUCGCACCCCCCUCGUCGAGUUUCUCCCCUUAGAGUUUCGUUGACCCCGGCCACCUCCCCAGCUCCCGCCGGGAGCGGCUGCGGCGGGGGUGCUCUCCGGGCCGGGGGGCUCGCGGGGUCCCCCGAGGCGGGUAAGAGCUCUGACCCCUCGCCGGGAGGUGAGGGCAAGGCAGGCAGCGCUUGCCCGUGCCUGCCUGCUGGGGUGCCGCAGCCGCCCCUCCUGCCCCCCCAGCAGCCCCCCGCCCGGGCCCCCCGCUUCCCCCCCGCUGUGAAUACGGCCUCUCCCCCCCACCCUUGCCUUGAAGGAGGACUGGAAGCACCCUCUCCCCCCGCGCACGCGCUGCCCUCGCCCCUCGCCGUCCCCCCCGGCCGCGCAGGCAGGGUCAGCACCGGUGGCACCCCCAGACCCCCCGCAGGCUGCAGGCAGGGCUGAGGGCAGGGUCCCGCCGCCCGGCUCGGGGUCCCUGCGCUGGGCACCGGUCGCUGCCGGAGCGUCCCUGCGGGGACCCGGGGGCCUGAGCCGCCGUCCCUGCCCCGGCAGCGCGGGGGUCCUGGCCCCGGCCCCCUCCUCGCGUGGCCACGGCUCCGUUCUUGCCCCGUUCUGUGGCUCCAGCUCCUGCUGUUAAUAAACCUCCGCCUAGUUCA